AUGGACACCAAGGAGACGCAAAAGAGCAGUAGUGCAUACUGGAGCCAGAUAAUGCACAUGUCGGAUGGCGAGCGCAAGACUCGCAUCGCGAACCUCAACCAGCAGAUCAAAGAUAUCCAGGGAGCMCCGAGACUAACUCGGAAUCAAGACCGCCACGCGGCCCUCGUUGGAUAUUCGGACAAGACAGAUCAGAACAUUGCCGAGAACGGCGAGGACCACACGCUCGGUGACUAUGAUGGCGUUCUCGAGCAACGUUACAAGAUCCAGGAUUCUUCCGAAUGGUGGACCACCUUCAACAAGUAUCCUGAAAAGUUCAACCUGGACGAGCCCGGCGUCUACGUGGCCGUCGUGAAGGCAUUCUGUCGCAUGAUGGAGAACGAGGAGUACGAUGAGCGUGCUCAGCCUUCACUCGAGGUAUUGAAGAUGUCUCAAAUCUUUGCAACAGGUCCUACCAACCCGGACAUUGAAAAUACCAUCCCCUUCGUCAUCUGGAACAUGAAGGUGACUAGUGGGUCGACCAAAGACGGCAAGGUGGAGAUCGUCCCUUCUCUCGAUGAGCGUAGAGAUCAACAGAUCGAAGUAGGCCUGAUCCAGAACGAGGACGACCCGAUMGUCCUGGAGGUUAAUACCUAUGGCGGUGAGGAGGGAUCCGACAAUAGCGGAUACGAGGGCAUCGAGGCUGGUGGUAGUGAAUACCACGAGGAAAAUAACGCUGGUAGGGAUGGAAGUUCCGGUAAUAGCGGAUACGAGGGCAUCGAAGCUAGUGGUGGUGAAUACUACGAGGAAAAUGAGGCUACUAGUAAUAAAUAUCCCGGCGAUGGCGAAUACGAUGGCAUCGAGGCUAGUGGUGGUAAAUAUACCGGCGAUGGCGGAUACGAGGGCAUGGAUGCUGGUAGUAGAGAGGAGGGCAUAGAGGCCGAGGACGAAGGCGAGGAUGCUGGUAGUGGAGAGGAGGGCACGGAGGCUGAGAACGAAGGCGAGGAUGCUGGUAGUGGAGAGGAGGGCACGGAGGCUGAGAACGAAGGCGAGGAUGCUGGUGGUGGAGAGGAGGGYAGGGAGGCUAAGAACGAAGGCGAGGAUGCUAGUGGUGGAGAGGAGGGCAUAGAGGCUGAGGAAGGCAGUGGUCGUCUUGAGCCCGCGAAGCCUCGCGGUAGAAGCAUGAGUACUCGAGCGGCUUGGAAUCUACAUCAAUACUAA